GGAUUUUCAUUGUGGCAGUCAGUGCUGCCAAAAAGACAGACCCGCCAACGUUUCAGAGCUUUUCCUCUAACUUUGUUCACAUUUAGAAGUUGGACCACUCAUUUUCUUUCCUCCGUUUGUCGCACUUGAACACAGUUUUGUCACAGCUUUCAUAACAGGCCCCAGGAUGAGUAAAAACAGCAAAGUGUUGAACCUGAAGGAUAAAAUCAGUGGGAAUGAAGCGGACCUGAGCUUGUGUAACCUCACUGAGGUGCCAGUCAGAGAGCUGGCUUUAUUUACCAAAGCAACUGUUGUGGACUUGUCCUGCAACAACAUCACCUCUCUUCCUCCAGAGUUCUGCAACCUGACCCACCUGGUGAAAGUGGAUCUGAGUAAAAACCAGCUGACCUGUCUGCCAGAUGACCUGGGGAACCUGGCUAACCUUCAACAUCUGGACCUGUACAACAACAAGCUGACUGUGCUGCCCGUCAGCUUCUCUCAGCUCAGGAGUCUGAAGUGGUUGGAUCUGAAGGAUAACCCGCUAGAGGCCGGCCUGGCCAAGGCAGCAGGAGACUGUCUGGAUGAGAAACAGUGCAAACAGUGUGCCUCCAAGGUUCUGGAGCACAUGAGAGCUAUUCAGGAUGAGGUUGAUCGCGUACGAGAGAAACGCCUUUUGAGGGAAAAAGAGCUGGAGAGGAAGAAGGAGGUGAAGCAGAGGGAGCGGGAGGCCAGAGAGAAGGAGGCUCGUAAACGGGAGAAGGCGGAGGAGAAGGAGAAGAGGAGGAAAGAGUAUAACGCUCAGAUGGCGGCCGUGGCUGCACGGGAGCAACAGAAGAAGAAGAAUGAGGAGAAGAAGAAAAAGAAUGGACAGGCAGCAGAUAAAAAGCUUGUUGUGGAAUCGGCUCCUAAACCUCGGCGUUCUCUUGUUGGCCUGAUGUUCAAGCUCCUCCUCCUGCUGCUACUGGGAUUGGCCGGAGUCGCCGCUGCAUGCCGGCUGACCGACCUGCGGAAGGAAUACGUGUGUGUGCCGGUCAAUGUCGCCGUGGAUGACAGCCUAUCCUGGGCUAAAGAGCAGGAGGGUGUGGUCAGACAGCUGGUGCAAAAUCUGUCCUCUGCAGCGAAAGAGUUUCUUGAAUCUACGCAAGCGUCUAAGAACUAAACUAUCAUCUGCUGCCAUCAACUUCCAGAGCUGCAGGUUUUCCACUUCCACCUGUGAAUCCUGGCUUUUUUUAAUAUGCUGAAAUCAUGAAUCUCAUUAAGAUGGACAACCCUGCAUCCCCUCACCCUGUUUGAGGUGCUGGGAGGUGAAGAGUCUGUACAGAUAGAUAAAGGGGGGUGGACAGAUGUGUUAAAAUCAUCUUAAAUUCCUAUGGAAUUGUUGUCGCUCUUGUACCCUUCUUUGUACAGCCUGUUUUUAAAAAAAACUCAUCGUCUUAAAUGCCGUCCGUGUUCUGCACUUUGACCACCACCCAGAGCUGGUUUGUGUUCUUGUGCAUCGUGUGGAACGUGGGUUGUAUUUGAGAGAUGUUAAGUGAAAUGUCAAGUGGCCAUGUCAGUGCUGCACUGGAGUGUCGAAUCACAUGUUUGCUGCCAGUCAGAGUCGUGCAUCAGCCAGUGUUAGAUGUGGCAGUCUGAGCAUGUGCAGUGAAGGCUGAGCAAAUGCAGAACUGGCUCAUCUGUGGCCUCCUCUUUUCUUUAUAGUCUUACAGUCACCAGCUAAAUCUCACAGCAAAUACACACACACACGCACACACACACACACAAAGCUUCUGACAUGCAAAUUAAAGCCUGCCUGAUGGGUGAGUGAUUAUUAUUAUUUUUUUUAUCUUAUCACAUAUAUAAUGGUAUCAGGUGUGUCUGUUGGCUAACGACUAACAAGAAAUGCCAAAGAUAUGUUUGAAGUCAUUUAGAAACAGCGUUGUCAUUACGUAGUUUGUCCAGCUCAGUGCAGUACUGUAAUGAUUAUCCAUUUACAAGAAUAUAUUUGCCGAUUAUUUUUCAGUCAAUUAACUAAUCGAAUCAUUGACUAAUCUUUUCAGUAAAAAAAACAGCCGAUUAAUCAUCAUCAGAUUUUUAUAAACUCAAAUAUUGAUAUUUAUUCUGGCCUCUAAAAUCCUGUAUUAGUCAGGCUCCAAUGUAUUAAACUGUAUUAAAAGGACCAUACUGAUAGUUUUCCAUGUGUUAGCUAUAUGCUAGACCUACUUUCCUACACUUAUUGGUUUCCAUUAAUUUCCGUACAGUCUGAAAAGUAACUUGAAGCUCGCCAUCACAGUACACAUCAAGUCUACAAGAAUAUGUGUUAAAGUGAAUUUACUGUAACAAGAUACAGACUCUUAAUAUCCACUUAAACGUCAUUACCACACAAAUAAUGGAACUUCAACACAAAUACAUCCAGACUUGAUGUUCACUGUUAUGGAUGGAUUACACAGACAAUUGAAAGCAAUGGCUGCAUGGAAGGGAGGAAAACAUUAGCAAAAACGUUAGCUGUAAUAUAAGUGUACAUGGUUUUUUUUUGUUUUAUUACUUGUAAAACGAUUGGUAUGGUCCUUUUUAACUCUAAAUCAUCUGAUAAAUAAGGAUCAAGUUAUAUUGAACUAGUGGUCCUUUCUUCUUGUAAUCAUGUCAUCUCUUAUGUUAACUAUAGAAAUAAAAGGCAACUGGCAGAUUAUUUUACUGUUCUUUCAGUUUUAACUGGUGACUUCUGAAAUGCAUCUUCUUGUCAUUUGUCAGGGUGUCUUCAUGCAAAAAGCUGCCUUUGCUGCUGUGGUUCUUGUAAAGCUUUCUCCAUGCUCAAACAUUGUCAGCACCAAUAAAUGGCUAUGCACUGCAAGACA